AUGUUUCUUACAGGAACGAAUGAUUUUAUCGGAACGAUCGGCUUCAACGAGCAGGAAGAAGCAUGGGGCGUUAUCAUUUCCGGUUCUGUCAAUCGUCUGAGACCUUCGGUAGUGUUGGGUUUCCAUAUCCAUUCGCUACCCAUUGGAGACAAUCAUAAUUGUUCAGCUGGUGGUGCCCAUUUCAACCCCUAUAAUGUGUCUCAUGGAAUGCCGAGAGAUUCAGAGCGACAUGUGGGUGAUCUAGGCAACAUUGAAACAAAUGCUGAUGGCAGAGCCUAUAUUGCAUUGCGUGACAAUGUCAUUUCGAUCGGAUUCGAUAAGACACGAAAUGUUGUUGGUUUACCUAUCAUGAUCCACAAUCUGACUGAUGACGGAGGUCAUACGGGAAAGGGUGAAAGCAACACCACUGGAAAUGCCGGUGCUCGCAUAGCAUGUGGAACAAUCCUUUUUGGUUGA